CAACCCGAGUCCUUUCUCGGGGUCGAACGCCUCGCUUGCGUCGAAGGAGACGCCGAGAAGAGGAAGGUAAGAGAGCAGGCAAUGAGUAUAGUUCCGAAGGAGACGAUCGCGGUGAUUGCGCAAAGCAUCGGCAUCGCCAACCUCUCCUCCGAUGUCGCCCUCGCCCUCGCCCCCGACGUCGAAUACCGCCUCCGUGAGAUCAUGCAGGAGGCGAUCAAGUGCAUGCGCCACUCAAAGAGGACAGUCUUGACGGCGGAGGAUGUGAACAGCGCGCUUAGUCUGAGGAACGUCGAGCCUAUUUAUGGAUUUGCAUCUGGGGAUCCUUUGCGGUUCAAAAGGGCUGUAGGGCACAAGGAUCUUUUCUAUAUUGAUGACAGAGAUGUAGAUUUCAAGGAGGUCAUUGAUGCACCCUUACCCAAAGCACCACUUGAUACUGCUGUUGUGGCUCACUGGCUUGCUAUUGAGGGGGUCCAACCUGCGAUUCCAGAAAAUGCUCCCGUUGAAGCAAUUGUAGCCCCGUCAGAAAACAAAAAGUCUGAGAACAGCAAGGAAGACGGGCUUCUUGUUGAUCUUAAACUUCCUGUUAAGCACGUACUAUCUAGAGAACUCCAGCUCUACUUUGACAAAAUCACUGAGCUUACAGUGACUAGGCCUGAGUCCAUCCUUUGCAAAGAAGCAUUAGUGAGUUUAGCAGUGGAUUCAGGAAUUCAUCCAUUAGUUCCAUACUUUUCAUACUUCAUUGCAGACGAGGUUGCCCGAAGCUUAAAUGAUCUUCCUAUCUUGUUUGCUUUAAUGCGUGUCGUCCGGAGCCUUCUCCAAAAUCCACACAUUCACAUAGAGCCAUAUUUACAUCAGCUGAUGCCAUCGAUUAUAACAUGUGUUGUUGCCAAAAGGUUGGGGAGUAAAAUAACAGAUAAUCACUGGGAACUGAGAGACUUCUCAGCAAAUCUAGCUGCAUCAGUAUGCAAAAGAUAUGGUCAUGUGUAUCACAAUCUGCAGUCCCGGUUGACAAAAACACUGAUCAAUGCUUUUCUGGAUCCAUCUAAAGCACUGACACAACAUUAUGGUGCCAUUCAAGGGCUUGCUGCAUUGGGAACUAGUGUGGUACGUCUGCUAGUUCUGCCUAACCUUGAGCCAUACCUGCAACUUCUACAUCCAGAGAUGCAACUGGAAAAGCAGAAGAAUGAGAUGAAAAGAAAAGAAGCUUGGCGAGUAUAUGGUGCCUUACUGCGUGCUGCAGGUAAAUGUUUGUAUGACCGGCUCAAGUUGUUCCCAGGUUUGUUAUCUCCUCCAAGACAUCCAGGUUGGAGGAUUAAUGGGAGAGUUGCAACUAGCCAUUCCAACAAGCGCAUGUCAAGCACCAACCUCUCAUCGCAGCAGCCACCAUUCAAGAAGGUUGCAGCUGAUGGACCUACAGGUGCAAUGCAACCCAUUGCCAUGACAGCCAACUUGCAGGGUGCACCGGAUGGAUUCCCUACACGGUCAUCUGGAACAGGUGUUGGGCAACCUUCUACCUCGGGGCAGGUUCCAAUGAAGACGACCGGAGGCAGACAAGAGAAGGGUGGCAGCGUGGCGCCGAAGGGAUCUGCUGUCUUGGCCCAGGCUUGGAAAGAGGAUCUGGAUGCGGGACGUCUUUUGGCGUCUCUAUUUCAGUUGUUUGGUGAAGGUGUAUUCUCGUUCAUUCAGCCAGUAGAGAUGUCGUUCUUUAUCUAGCCAGCAGUGGUGAGUCACAACGGGAGAGAAGGUGUAUUCUCAUUCAUUUAGCCAGUAGAGAUGUCUUUCUUUAUCUAGCCUGCAGUGGUGAGGCACAACGGGAGAGUCUCCCGACAAGCUAAGGGAUGGUGGUGUAACUUAACUUCUUAUCUUUGAAUGGUGUAAACAUAUUGAUAUGGAAAUAGCUUUGCCACGCUUAAUAGAA